UGUAAACAUGAUCUGACGUCAGCGCUUUUCUUUCACCGGCUCCCUAUCACCGCUGAAACUGACAGCGCGAAACCUCUUCGAGAGUCGACAUAGCCUAAGUUAGACACUAAACUGGUUUGGGGGGGAAAUCUGUGCUUGUGUUUUGAAGCUGCAAAAGGAAGAGAUGCCUCCCACUCCAGAGAGACGAACACUGGACUGGAGGGCUGGACUUUCAGCUCUGCCAACGAGGAUUUGUCUACAUGGCUAAAAACCCAUGCAGCAGCGAGUCUCAAAACCCAGGUCAACUGACACAGGUUUGUGGUAUGGCACUAAAAACAUUCCUGCUCGGGUCAGAGCUCAGGCUCUGAAACGUGGGGGAAAAGAUCUGCAAAAGACGCAAAGAAGGCACUUUUGAGAUCAAAGAGACUUGUAUAAGCAGCAUCUGCCCCAGAUAUCGCGAGUGCUGCCCAUGGGGUGAAGUUAAACUGGUUCCAGUGUUUCUCCUCUGGUGAUGGAGAAGAAGCAUUUCUUAAAGUCUGUGUUUUUGGUCCCAAAAGAUAAAUUAAUUCUUCCCGUAAUAAAGCCCCUGAACUCAGCUUCUUACACUACAGGGCUCUCAUUUACCUACAACCACAAUAUCCUGCUUCAAAAGCAGAACACGUCAUCAGCUUGCUGUUGGCCAUGGUUUUCCUGUUGCUUUAGUGAAAGAAGGCUUUUUAUACUAGCUCUGCUCAACGCUGUGUGCAGUGCCGAGGAGCCGUGAAGAUGAUUUCAUAUUGUCCCAUAUGUGGAAAGCCUGUUUACUUUGCUGAGAGGAAGCGUUCUCUAGGCAAAGACUAUCAUCCCCUUUGUCUGAAGUGUUACCAGUGCAAACGGCAGCUCAGCCCUGGCCAGCACGCAGAGUAUGAUGACAAACCCUACUGCAAUCACUGCUACCUGCAGCACUUUGGACCAAGAGGAACAAGACGGCCAACGUUUCGCUCAUCUCUCGGGGCAGCUUCCUCUUCCAAAGUUCCAGUGGGAAACCAGAACAGCUCCUAGAUGGCCCUGCUUUAAUAUUCAAAACUCGGAGACUCAUUACUGGACUGUGAUAAAUUAGCAAGACGGCAUUGUAUUUUUACCCACAGACUAAGAAAAAUGCAGCUGAAGAAGAAUAUUGCUUCUGAGAAUGAAUGAUAAUCAGACAAGUCAUAAGAGAACAUGCUUCUAAACUGAAAUCCCGCCUACAGCAGAUUAAAAUUGUGCUGUGAUAAAUGAA